AUGUUCACGGCUACCAAGCUCCAAGUUGCCACGUACCUGCUUGGCGUCUGUCCCUUUUCCAUCGCGUUUCUGGUCUUCCUUAACUCCUCAGUCUCGUUUGUUAUAACGGACCUCAUUGGCAGGGAGCAUGGCGUCGGUGAUGCCGUUGGAACUCUGGGAUUCGCUGAUGAGCUGGUGGCAUUGGUAGCGUGCCCAGUAUGGGGCUUGCUCUCUGAUCGAAUGGGCCUACGUCUUGUCUGCGUUGCAGGCUACCUGAUCAUUUGCCUGGCUCUGGUUUUAUUCGUCCAAGCCAAAAAUGUUUAUCCUGAGCUGCUGUUAGCGAGAUUAUUCUUCAGCCUUGGGGGUGCUGCGGCAUCCACCAUGGUCACGGCAAUUCUACCUGCCGUUGCAGCACCAUAUACAGGCCACCUAGCCGACCACCAACGUGCCGGCGUCACUGAUGGUGGCAAUGGCCAUGCUUCGAGCCCGUCGAUUGAGUCGGAAGUGACGAUCACACCCGCAAGAUUCGUGUCCAGAUCCUCGCCACGCAAAAACGUUGACUCGAUGGCAACGGAUUCAGACGUCGCUGGCUCGACGAGUCGAGUUGCUGGAUUCGUGGGCAUGUUCACCGGCUGUGGUGCACUGAUCGCCCUGACUCUCUUCCUGCCCCUUCCGGCUAAAUUCCAGUAUGCAGGUAUUGGAGAAAAGGCUGCUCUGAAAGACAGCUUUUACAUCGUGGCUGCUGUGGCUUUCUUGCUGGCUAUCUGGUGCUUCUUUGGUCUUCGGCGUUUACAGAGUGACGCUGAAGAUCAUCCCUCGACCUCCUCCGUCUCUCAGGGCAAGGGAGGAACCUCACGCUUCACCAACGCACUCACUCAAAUGUCGAAUAACUUUCAAACCUCUAUUAUGGCAGGAUUCAAACGCUCCGAAAUAGCCAUCGGGUACCUUGGAGGUUUCGUGGCCCGUGCUUCUUCCGUUGGCAUUUCUCUUUUCAUUCCCCUUCUUGUCAAUGCAAUGUUUCUCUCAUCCGGCCUCUGUGUGGAUCCGUCCUCCAGCGACGAUCCAACUGGUCUGCCGGACAUUAAGAGAAGGUGUCCUCGGGCUUAUGUGGUUGCGGCAGAACUGACGGGCGUUACGGAACUGGUAGCACUUGUCUUUGCUCCUGUAUUUGGCUACUGGUCAGCAAAGGCGACGAGAAAAGAGAUUCCGCUCCUGGUGGCCUCACUGGCGGGAAUAAUCGGGUACCCUUUGUUCGCCAACGAAUUCGAUCCUGACGAUAGAAACACAUCGAAACGGGCAACAGCAUUCGUUGCUGUUUCCCUUAUUGGAAUCAGCCAGAUUGGCGCCAUUGUCUGCAGCCUGGGUACACUGAGCAAAGGGAUACUUCGCAAAGAAGCAACCCGUCGGCCCAACACCCUCGAGCACGAUGGCCAAAGAGCUGAUGCUGGCCCUGACGAGGCAAGCCCCCUUCUGACUGCCACGCAACAGGGAACUAGAGAAGUGCCGUUGUCAGCUUUGAAGGGCUCUGUUGCCGGCGUUUAUUCAUUCUACGGAGGGGCUGCGAUACUGAUUCUAACCAAGAUUGGGGGGCUGCUGUUCGAUAAAGUCACUUUGGCUGCCCCCUUCUACAUCAUGGCAAUAUUCAACGCAAUUCUGAUGGUGGCGUGUAUGAUCUCGAGUCUCUGGAGGAACAAGGAACAUACGACACAACAAGGACCCGGGCGGCUAGGCGGAGGCUAG